AUGCCUAAAAAGCACUCUAAGAAACACCCAAAGGGCGGGAAACGGGGCGAUGGUAACCGCGUCCCCGAAAAGGCCCCAAAGUCCUCAAAGGCUGCCGCGCCCGCAGUGGGGUCUCCAGUUAAAGAUGCAGAAACCGGAGAUAAGCCGCUCCUAACCAAGAUCGAGACGCAGGCUCAGUCCGUCGCAAAGAUUCGUAACAUCGUCGUAGAGCAGCAUCGCUACCAUGGAAUAUUUCUGGCACGUAACAAGGACGAUUCCGUUCAGCUGCUUACUCGGAACAAGGCCACUGGAGAUGCCUCAGAGCCCGAACAGGACUACGAGGAGCAUCGGUUCAGGGCGGAUUUCCGUGGACUGCGGUGCGAGUUUCGCACCUGGUCCCCCUUCCAAUCCAAUCUGGCCGCCGCCAUCAUGAGCGGAGUGGAGGAUUUAUACCUGAAGAGUGGCUCGAAGGUGCUGUAUCUUGGGGCUGGGCUUGGGCGGACCGUCUCCCACAUCUCUGACAUCAUCGAUAAGACUGGAGUGGUGUAUGCCGUGGAGCCCGGACCCUGGGCGGUACGACCUCUCUCAGCAUUGUCCGAGCGCCGUCCAAACGUUGUGCCCAUCCUCGAGGACCCCUCAGCACCGUACAAGUACUACAAGCAGCUCACCGACAAAAUCGAUGUGAUCAUCUGUAACCUGCAGCAAGCAGAGCAGGCUCGUAUACUCAUGCUGAAUGCCCGGCAUUUUCUGAAGCCAAACGGACACUUUGCCAUCUUCCUGUAUGCGGAGAGCAUCUACGACAAGGCGCCCACGAAGAUGGCCCUCAUAGCCGAGAUGGAGCUGCUCAAGAAAUACCAUCUUGAGCCUCUCCAGCUGGUCCAACUGGAUCCCUAUGUUCGUGGUAAUGCUCUGGUAGUGGGCGUUUACACUCGAUUGCCAGUGUUAUAAUGAUCUCUAGGAUUCAUAUAUAGUGAUUCAUAGUCCCAGAACUGCAGAGAACCAGCCAUUUAUUAUCCAUUGAUUAUAGUUUCCACUGAAUGACAAGACACACUGCCUGCUAAAUUGAAUUAAUCACAAAUUAUUUAUGCCCCAAAGCGGAAUGAAAAUAUUUCAGAACAUUAAUGAAACUAGCAGGAACGUAAUGAAUCAAUUAAAUGAAAAUGCAAUAUACAUAAAAAGAUCUAUUCAAUAUAGUC